AUGACGAGCCGGUUGUACCUCGAUUUGGAGCUACCGACAGAGCCUCUGCAAAUACGUUACGUAUUAAACGGGGACGACGAAGAAUGUGGGACCAUUUGGGAAAGCCCGAAACAGCGUGAAAAACAGCUUCAAAUUCACUACGAACUGGUGGAAUAUCCUGGAUAUGGGAAGCCGAUUCUAGCCCUGGUUGCGCUGUUUUUUGGCGUAGCCUCGCUGCCAGUGGUUGUGGUAGCUAGCCCGAUACUGCUUGCCGUCGUCAAAAAAUCGUUAGCAGCCCCGCAAGAUGAAGAGAGUUUGGCUGAAGCAUUGCCAGGAUCGGGCGAGGAUACCCGGGAUUCGCUAUUGGUCCCCGGUGGCCCUAUAAUUCCAGCGCUUCGAGGGGGGCCGGAGAAUGAGUUGGAAUGGCUCGGAGGAGGUCAGAAUUCCGAACGUUCAGAUGAAGUCAAGCUCAAACCAGGCGAAGAUUACGAAUUGUUCCGAGACAGGGAGAAACCUGCCUUACCGCUGGCCGCUUGUCAAUUCGCCGUCUUUUUGCUGCCACCAAUUUUGCAGGAGGCCUAUGGCUUUUUCACUGAUCCCGCUCCGGGGCUGCAGAGCUGCUAUCACAAUUUUGCCUGUGCGAGGCCGCUGGGGAGGAUUGCUUCUUUUAACCAUAUCAUCUCGAAUUUGGGAUACGUAUUUGUCGGUGUGUUGUAUUUAGUAUUCCAACGGAAACGAGCUGCCUGGUUUUCGGGGAAUGAAAAAAGGGAGCAUCAAUUCGGCGUCUACCGUAGCCCGGCUGUUGAUAUGGCCCUCGGGGUGUCAUUAAUGUGCGAAGCGGUGGCAAGUGCUGUCUACCAUCUUUGCCCGUCCAAAUCGGCUUACAAAUUUGAUACCCCAUUCAUCGUAUCGUUCUGCGUGUUGGCCAUGUUGAGGUUAUACGGUAGUCGCCACGGCCCGCCCACCCAUCGACACAUCCAAGCAUUAAUCGCCGGCACACUGGCUGUUGAUUUUUGCAUGCAAAAAUUGGCUGAGCAUCUACCGGGCAGCUGGCCCCUUCAAGCCGUCUUCUUCUUGGCCCUACUUCUCGGCGUUUUAAUCAAGAUUUACUCCGGAAAACACGUCAUGAAAUUCCUCCGCCAACCCCAGUUCCUAAGACGGCUGUGGCUAAAUUACCGUAGCCGUCUGCUGCUCGGCGUGUUGGGGAUCAAUGUGUCGCUGGCUGCUGUCUACUUCUUCGUCCAUCGAUACCUCCAUUCCAACCAACUAAUCGUCUUUUUUGCCGUAACCAAUUUGCUGCUCUAUGUUGGCUAUUACCUCGUCAACAAGGUCCAUAUAAAAGAACGUAUCAGUCGACUCUCCGGUUUUGCCAUGCUAAUUUCGUGCAUUUUAUGGGCGAUGGCUCUCAUUGCUUUUACACGCCAGGAAACCGAUUGGGCGGUCAGCCCAGCUCUCUCUCGGGAUUUAAACUCCGAAUGCAGCCUCUUCGACUUUUUUGAUCAACACGAUAUUUGGCAUGUAUUAUCGGCGUUGGCGGCUGGUGGUUCAUUACUCGCCCUGGCUACCGUAGACGACCCAACCGCUACCGUACCACGCGCCAAUUUGGUUGUAUUU